CUCAUUUAACUGGAGGAAAAAUUGGUGAUCGGCUAAUGGCAGAGGCCGAGACAAAUCUUGCCAUAAAUGUUCUUCCAGGCUUGUCUGAUUCAUUCGAAGUUCAAGGGAGAGGCGAACUUCAACUUGGUAUCUUAAUUGAGAACAUGAGGCGUGAGGGGUUUGAGCUUUCUGUUUCACCGCCUAAAGUAAUGUAUAAAAUUGAGAAAGGUGAAAAGCUUGAGCCAUUGGAAGAAGUGACAAUUGAGGUAAAUGAAGAGCAUGUGGGACUUGUUAUGGAAGCUCUAUCUCAUAGAAAAGCAGAUGUUGUCGACAUGGGUCCUGUUCCAGGGCAUGUUGGCAGGACUAGAAUGUCUUUGACUUGUCCAUCAAGGGGCCUGGUUGGGUAUAGGAGUGUGUUUAGUAGUGACACACGUGGCUCUGGGUUCAUGCACCGAGCUUUCCUGACCUAUGAAAAAUACCGGGGUCCUCUUGGAAAUGUCAGGAAAGGAGUAUUGGUUUCAAUGGGAAAUGGAACCAUCACUGCGCAUGCGCUUACGAGUUUAGAAGCUCGUGGAACUCUUUUUGUGGCCCCUGGAAUGGAGACAUAUGAUGGCAUGAUUAUUGGGGAGCACUCACGGGAUACAGAUCUUGAUGUCAACCCUGUGAGAAGUAAGGAGCUGACCAAUAUCCGUGCCCCUGGCAAGGAUGAGAAUGUGAAGUUGACCCCGCCUCGCCUUAUGACACUUGAAGAAGCAAUCGGAUACGUUGCUUCUGAUGAGCUCAUCGAGGUUACGCCAAAAGCCAUUCGGUUGAGGAAGCGAUACCUCGAUGCCAACAAGCGGAAAGCAAUGAGGAAUAGACCCAAAGAUUGAAGCUUCUUGCUUCACAAUUUUGUAACCUUUGGCCUCUAUCUGCUACACCCUGAUAAUUAUCGUGUUUCAUAUUCUUUAAUAUCUAUUAUGUAUAAUUUAUUGCGGCAUUGUCAACCUAAUUUACAGAAAUAUUUGGGUUGAAGAAAAACUCAGAGAUUGUAUUCAAGCAGUGAGUAAUUUACAAUAAUGAGAAAUCAUUAGUUGCAGAU